AUGACAAAAAAAGCAAGCAGUUUUCAAGUAUAUCUCACAUGUGCAUUUGCAUCUAUUGGUGGUUUUCUAUUCGGCUAUGAUACUGGUGUUAUCAGUGGAGUACUGACAAUGAAUGAUUUUCUUAAAUACUUUGGUGGUACACGCGCUCUGGAACGACAACAGCUCGACAGUUCGAUAUCAGGCGCAAUUGUGGGAAUUUUGAUCGCGGGAUGUUUCGUUGGUGCACUGUUUGGGGGUCCGGCUGGAGAUCGUUUUAGUCGCAAAUAUUCUAUUGUGCUAUUUUGUUGGAUUUUUAUCCUCGGUGCUAUAUUGCAAACUGCAAGCAUUCAUAUUGCAAUGUUAUUAGUUUCUCGUUUCAUAGCGGGCGUCGGAAUUGGAGCAUUAUCGAUGUUGAUACCCGUUUAUCAAUCAGAAAUUGCACCAAAAGAAAUCAGAGGACGUUUGAUUUCUCUUCAACAAUGGUUAAUUACAAUUGGUAUUGCUGUCAGUUUUUGGAUUAACUACGUUUUGGCGCGAAUUCGUGCUAAUGGUAAUACAUCGGAUCCGGUAGUGCAAGCGGAAUACCUUGAAAUCAAAGAAGAAAUCGCACUUGAACGUGCAGAAUCCGUUCGUUCUUAUUUAGAAUUA